AUGGUUCCGGGGACGGCGUCGCGCCGCGGCCGCGGCGGAGGGCGGGCCCGGCCGGCCAUGAGCGCCGCGCCGGCGGGGGCUGCCGGCCCGCGGCCCUGGGCCCUCCGCCUGGCCCCGCAGACGCUGGAGCUGCUGGCGCUGCCGUGCUGCCUGGAGGAGCCGGAGCCCGAGCGCCGGCCUUGCAUUUCAGAUGACUUAAAAAUAGGAUAUUACAGCACAGAUCAUGCAAUGCAAACAGAUAUCAAAGAAAUACCAGAAUUAAAGGAGCUAGCUAUUGCUACGCAAGCUUUAAUCAAGCUCGUUCACUCCCUCCAGCAAGAUUUGUUCACCUACAAAAGCAUCAUUCAAGCACAAUAUGAAGAAAAAAUUGAAGAGCAGGCUUCAAAUCUUUGUAAAUACAUAAAUGAUUGUCGUGGUUUAACCCCAGACAAUGAUCAACUGACAGACAUUGAGUUUUUACAUAAACAGAAAGAGGUCCAAAUUCGACAAAGCUGCCGACAACAGUUAUGGGAUGCACUGGCUGUUCUCAGAGCAAAUAUCGAGAAGUAUUACAACAUAAAUGGAGAAGACACAGCAUUUUCACCAGGAAAACUUUUGAAGCUUUUACGUAACAAGCUGCACGAGGAAGAGUCCAUAACUGAAGAUCUGGAGAGAAAAAAAAGGAAGGACUGCAUCGCAAUCUUUCAGAUUGUCUUUGAAGAUGAUGACCAUGAAAAAAAAAUGCUUGAAAAAGAGAAUGAGGAUUUCAAAGAAGAGGUUUUUAAACUGCACAAUGAGAUUUCUCAUCUUGAAAAUGCUCUGAAAUGCUCUGAAAAAGAAAAAUAUUUAUUAGAUAAGCAAGUUCAAAGAAUGCGAUCAAAAAUGGAAGCUGAUGAGCAAACUGCUCAACAGUUGAUUGAAAUUCAAGAACAAGUGAAAGCAGAACUUGAAAAUGAAAGACCAUUAGUUAAAAAUCUGAUAACGUAUGUAGUACCUGAGCAGCAAGCUGCUGAAAGAACCCUGACUGCUGAAACUGAGAAACUGAAGAAACAUAAAGGUCAGGAAAGGCAAACCACAGAAAGAAAGGAAGCUGAGCAAAGUAAUAUAAUAUGGAAAAAGAAAUUCCAGAUUCUACACAACAGGUUUAGUAUUAUUGCAUUGAUGGUGGCUUGUCCUGUUUGUAUUGAAAAUGAUACAAGAGAUAUGAAGGGAUUCAGAGCUGGGUUAUAUUGGCCUUCAACUUUGCCCCCAAUAUAUUCCCAGUCUACAGAAGAGCGGAAAGAAGACAAAGGUUAA